CCCUAGUCCCCCAUCAGAACUCCACUGGAUUGGCCUGCUUUUCUCCUUUACAGAGGGGCGAGGGAGACAGAAGGCCUGGAGUGGUGGAUUACUUGGGGAGGAGACGAGAAGUCGCCCUCUGACAGUCCGCCCUCGUCCUAGAACUGCAGGCUGAGGGUUUCUCCUGCGCACCUCCGAACGCUCUCCGUCACCAAAGUCUUAGCACCAGAGAGGAGUUGGCGAGGAAACUCCUCCCCUCAAACGAAGUAGACACCCAGACCUCUCCUUUCGAGCUAGCACCCGGCUUUCUCCUCGCCAUAAUUAAUAGUCAAGGCCAACCCUUCUGACACGUCCUUCCUCCCUCCCUUGCGGGUGGCAGCGCUGUCUGAUUCCCUGAGGCCAGAAACUUUCACUCGAGUUCGCCGGAGAGAGGCCGCGCCGGCUGCUUUCCGCGGUGCCCACACAUCUUUCUCUUUCUCUCUUCCUCUGCGUUGUCUUCCCAGCCGCAGGCCAGUCGCCAAUCCGCGUGGUUUUGUUUCCUUUCCAUCAUGCAGAAAAUUAAUCAGCCCGGGCGAGAAGCAGAGCUGAGCACGGCGGCCUGUAAUUAAGGGACGUGUGCCCCUCGGAUUAUCUCGUUAGUUUAUCAAGAAAACAUUUAUUAUAAUUAAUUCUCGGACGAGUUCCACCGCUCCAAACCCACCCACCAAGGACCCUGAAUCUGUCCACUCCCGUCGAAGCAAGACCUUCCGGCUGGGUCCCCUCGAUUUGGGCUGACUUUGCGCCUCCUAACAACCUUAGCAUGAUGUCUUAUCUUAAGCAACCGCCUUACGCAGUCAAUGGGCUGAGUCUGACCACUUCGGGCAUGGACUUGCUGCACCCCUCGGUGGGCUACCCGGGGCCCUGGGCUUCUUGUCCCGCAGCCACCCCCCGGAAACAGCGCCGGGAGAGGACGACGUUCACCCGGGCGCAGCUAGACGUGCUGGAAGCGCUGUUUGCUAAGACCCGGUACCCAGACAUCUUCAUGCGGGAGGAGGUGGCACUGAAAAUCAACUUGCCUGAGUCCAGGGUGCAGGUAUGGUUUAAGAAUCGAAGAGCUAAGUGCCGCCAACAGCAGCAGCAACAACAGAAUGGAGGUCAGAACAAAGUGAGACCUGCCAAAAAGAAGACCUCUCCAGCUCGGGAAGUGAGUUCAGAGAGUGGAACAAGUGGCCAAUUCACUCCCCCCUCUAGCACCUCAGUCCCGGCCAUUUCCAGCAGCAGUGCUCCUGUGUCUAUCUGGAGCCCAGCUUCCAUCUCCCCACUGUCAGACCCCUUGUCCACCUCCUCUUCCUGCAUGCAGAGGUCCUAUCCCAUGACCUAUACUCAGGCUUCAGGUUAUAGUCAAGGAUAUGCUGGCUCAACUUCCUACUUUGGGGGCAUGGACUGCGGAUCUUAUCUGACCCCUAUGCAUCACCAGCUUCCCGGACCAGGGGCCACACUCAGCCCUAUGGGUACCAAUGCAGUUACCAGCCAUCUCAAUCAGUCCCCAGCUUCUCUUUCCACCCAGGGAUAUGGAGCUUCAAGCUUGGGUUUUAACUCAACCACUGAUUGCUUGGAUUAUAAGGACCAAACUGCCUCCUGGAAGCUUAACUUCAAUGCUGACUGCUUGGAUUAUAAAGAUCAGACAUCCUCAUGGAAAUUCCAGGUUUUGUGAAGACCUGUAGACCUCUUUUUGUGGGUGAUUUUUAAAUAUACUGGGCUGGACAUUCCAGUUUUAGCCAGGCAUUGGUUAAAAGAGUUAGAUGGGAUGAUGCUCAGACUCAUCUUCUGAUCAAUGUUCCAGGAGGGAUAGAAGGAAAAAUGAAGGUCCUUAGAGGGGCCCACCAACCAGCAACCUGAAAUGGACAAACCAAUCUACUUAAGAUCCUGUCAUAGUUUUAGAUUAUUGGUUUUCCUGAUUCUCAAAGUGAUCAAAAGCAUUCUAGCCAUGUGAAACCAAACACCACCAAAAAGAAACAAAACUAAAUUGUGAGGUUUUCCAACGUUUUAGCCAAUCCUUGGUUGAAUCUUAGGAAUGGACAGUGUCUCAAGCUCACUCACGUUUCAUGACCAACUGUUGUUGGCACUGAAAACCUUUUCAGGGCUGUGUGAAUUGUGUGACUGAUUGUCCUAGAUGCACUACUUUAUUUAAAAAAUAAUGUUCAUAAGGAGUCAAUAUGUAGUUUAAGAGACAAUCAGUGUGUGUCUUAUAUAAAUGGUACAUCUGUGGUUUUUAAUCUGUGCUAGACUUCAAAACUGUGAUCUCCUGUUAUUGUAUGCAAUCUUGAACUCCACCUCUGCAGGGGUUCUUCUGUGAUUAAAUAGGUUAUAAUUAUAGGCAAAAUUCAGAGCAACUGAGUCCUUAACUAAAAAGAUUACCUUUGGCUGGAGGGGAGCGGCACUGAAACUUUACAACAAAAUGUCUCUGGACAAGGAGAGUGAGAGAAGAGAAACGAAAGGACACUAAUUCAUCUGUAAUUUACUGUUGGUAAACCUAGCGGUAAAGAGACAUUGGUCAAUUGCUCUGACCCUGAUGAAUUUAUAAACUGAGAUCAUUGUUGUUUAUGCUUGCAGAUGUUAACUGGAAAAGUUAUAUAUGCAUAAACCUUUUCUUCCUGGAUUUGGCAGAUAUGUAUAAUUAUAUUAAAAUGGUUCUAGCACAA